AUGCGUGCCGGUGCCGGUUGUCGGUUGCAAAUGGCAGCAGCUCGGGGGUUGGACUUAGCAAGUAACAAUCGCGAUACUUGACGGGAUAGUUUUAAAAGUGAAAUAAAUAGGCUGCACACUUGCAAUCAGAAUGCACGGAAUGUGAAAAAUAUAUACGAAUGUGAAAUAUAAUGCUUUGAUAUUUGGUAUAGAAAAUGAUUUUCUACUUGAAUUUUAUUUUAUUUUAUUUUUUUUUUUCUCAAAUUGUAAUCUCAAAAAUCUGUUUACAAGAUUGGAGUAGAAUGUAGUGAUGAUUGGAAGAUGUAGUAAUUAUAAUCAAUAUUAUUAAAUAUUAUAAUUAAUAUUCUAUUUUGAAUGUUUUUUGCAUUUUUAUAUAUUAUUCAAAUUUUCCGAAAAUAUGAUACAUAAAUAUUGAUGAUACUUGGAGUUUAAUAAUUAAAUUGUGGAGGUUUUUAGAACUACACUUCAAAAAGUGAUUUGCUUCAUUUUUUAAAAAUUAUUACGAGGAACAUUUUAUAUGCUUUUGUUUUUUGUACAUGUCUGUACGAAUUUUUAAGAAAUUUACAAAUCCAGAGUACUAGUAGUCUUAGUAUCUUGAAGUUACUUUUCAAUGAAUUUCAAAAUGAAUUUCCAUUUUCGUUUCAGAUACGCUGAAGUGUUCUCGAAGACACCACCGGUCGGUGUUCGAAACGGUACUUUCCUCUGCGAGCCACACAAAGGGUUUCUGUACUCACCUACGGUCAACAAUGAAUUGCGACGCGAGAUGCCGGCGUGAUGCACGAGCAUCAGGAACCACGCCAGGAUCCGGCGAACAAUUGCCGGGCAAAAAGCUGGAGCCGGUGCGCGGCAAGAAAUUUCUAAUUUGCGGUAUAAUUAAGGGAGACGGGGCAAAAACCACCACGGAUUCUACACCGUUGUCGGAAAAUCGCGAAUUCCACCUUGCGAGCACGCCGCCACCCCCCCCCCCUCACCGCCCCACGAUCGUAGACCGUUUGAUUUUAUCUGCGUGUUAUCCGCUCCAUAGUCGAGUGAUUGUUGAGUACACCAUCAUAACAGCCGAGGAAUGGGCGAAACUGAUGCAGUUUUACGACGUCGAUUAUCCAAUCAUUAUUAAAAAGGUCAAUUCCGAUUUCCAAACCGAACCUGGAAUAGGUAUACACGAAGUGCUGGUGUUAAUACGUUUAGCGUUAAAAUCGGUCGCAAGGAAACAGGAAAUUCUCUCUUGUAACGACAACAAGGGUCGCAGAGAGUCCUCCGAGAUCAGGCCUUACACGCGUCCUCCGGUUGAAUCGGCCACGCGCAAGCCCACUUUGUCGAACGAGUGA